UAUCGAUUACAUUGCGAUAAAUUGCAGCAAACACAACAGUGAAAACUUGUACGUUUUAUUUUUUGCAAAUUGAGAAAUAAUUAAAAAUUAAUUAGAAAAAAACAGUGCAAAAUGCUGGCACUUAUAAACAGAAUCCUUGAUUGGUUCAAGAGCAUCUUCUGGAAAGAGGAAAUGGAGCUGACCCUUGUCGGACUACAAUUCUCGGGCAAGACAACUUUCGUCAAUGUUAUUGCAUCCGGCCAAUUUGCUGAAGAUAUGAUACCCACAGUUGGUUUCAAUAUGCGAAAAAUUACCAAAGGCAAUGUGACAAUUAAAGUUUGGGAUAUUGGUGGCCAACCGCGAUUCCGAUCAAUGUGGGAACGCUAUUGUCGCGGCGUCAAUGCAAUUGUUUAUAUGGUAGAUGCUGCUGAUUUGGACAAAUUAGAGGCAUCCCGAAAUGAAUUGCAUUCGCUAUUGGAUAAGCCACAAUUAGUUGGAAUUCCAGUGCUCGUAUUGGGCAAUAAACGUGAUCUUCCAGGAGCUCUUGACGAAACUGGUCUCAUUGAGCGAAUGAAUCUAUCGAGUAUACAGGAUCGUGAAAUCUGCUGUUAUAGUAUUUCUUGCAAGGAGAAGGAUAAUAUUGAUAUAACGCUGCAGUGGCUAAUUCAACAUUCGAAAAGGCAAAGUGUUUAAAUAAAAAAAACAUUCACAACCAACCCACACACUACAUACACACACACACACACACACAGCAACACACACUUAGGCACUAUAUCUCACACAGAACAACUAUAUAUAAAUAUAUAUAAAAUAUUAAUAAUAAUUUUCAGGGCAGUGAUGAUAAAAAGAGAGAAAAAAAAAACAGAUAAAACACAAGAAAAAAACCAACUAUUUGGAUUAGGCUGAUCUUAUGUAUGCAAAUGCAAAACCACAAAAAAAGUUAAGAAAAAGCAGGAACACACAGUAAACAAAACAAAAGAAAAAACAAACAAUUACUACAUAUGCCUUGAUAUGUUUGUACGCAUGUUUCUAUAUAUGUAUGUAAUUUCACAGUGGUUUUUCUAGAAUUCUAUUAAACUAUCUGUUUAAGUGUAAGAGGUGCAGUAUGUGCCGAAUUCGUUUUCACAUUUGUAGUAUUUUUUUUUUGAUUUGAUUUCCAAUCUCUUUGAUGAUAAAAGGAUGUGAAGUAGGAAGAAGCAUUGGUGCUUGUUAUCUCGAAUUUCUUAGCUCACAAAUGGAAUGAAAAUGCUAAAUGUAAAACGAAUUCUAUAUGAUCUAUCAUAAGUUUUGUUACAAAAAAUACAGAAAUCAAAGAAA